GCGCUAUGAGCGGCCCGAGAAAUGAAGGGCUCUGGUUGAAACUAUUUGAAACUCAAAGUUAUAUAGGUAGGAGGAAGCCUACAGCUUCCAUGUUCGAGUGCCCUCCCAAAUAGGGGAGGUUUGCCAGCUCCACUUCACAUCCUCCGCAUGGCAUGGCACUUCUCUGAGCCAAAAGCCACCCGCCAUGCGAGAAUACAAGCGUGCGGACACCCCCACAUCUGCUGGUGAGCUGGAUUCGGAGGAUGACGAGGAGCUGCAGGCUUGCCCGGAUGAAGCCGCACUCUUGGGCUCGCGAGCCGACAAGAAGGCUUUGGUCCAGGUGCUGAGACGCUUCAGCAAGGACAAUCUAGCGGAUGAGAGCGACAAAGUGGUGGCGGCCAUCCGCAUGCAGGUGAAGGGCGUUCCACCCUUCCGACGGCUGCUGAACAUUGUGAGCACCUUGGGACUUUGGCUGCUGUUCCAACCUCGAGAAGAUUCUGCCUCCUUGCUCCUGACAAAGCAAGGCCGCUUCAUUUGCUGGGGUCGAGGACAGGAAGCUCAACCUGGGGCGGUACGGGCCUACCUGGGCCAGGUGGUCUGCUUUCUCCUCAUCCUUUUCGUGUUGAUGCUUGGAGCAUGGAGCUUCAUACUUCGCAUGCAGGCGUCGUUCUUCGUGCGUGGCGCCUGCCUAGUGUUUAGCAUUUUACUACUUAUCCUCCUCGUGAGCUAUUGUUGGGCUCAGCGCCCCCGGCGCGACUGUGGCACCACGUUCCGUCAGCAUUUUGACGUGCAGGAGCUCUGUGUGGGCACCUACGUCCGUGUCGAUGAGGGACGGCGGCUGUCUCAGCUUUGCGCCCGGCGGCGGCUGGGGCAUUUGCAGCUCUGUUUCGGCCGCUAUCCCAAGGAGGAGCUUCUAGCAGAGCGGCUCCCACCUGGCGCACCCGGCUGUGCGCAUGUGCGGCCGCUUUUAGAACCGCCACCAGCGCUGGCGGGUGACUCGCAUGAGGUGCAGAAAGAGGCCAUCGAGCAAGAAGGUGGCCUCAACAGUAGCUUCCUCACACGGAUUGCUGCCAUCUUGGCGGUGCUCUCUCUCGUCGGUGCGGCCUACGAUUACACCUCAUUUCUGGACAAAGUCCGCAUCGAUGGGCAGCUGUGUCUCUUCAAGGUGCAUGGCUGUAACUGGCGGGUGGAGAACUCCCGGCUCUUAGGGAAGGUGAAACGUGCUGAGGGUGCCAACCCACCGGCAAGCUACGCGGAAGGUGGUUGCACUGCCGACGGCGAUUACUGCGAUUACUUCUUGCGGCCCACGACGCAUUGCUCGGAGAAAGGUGAGGCUUUCACGAACGAUGUCACGGCCAUCCACGUACGCCUGGAAUGUAAAGUCCUUCCAGAUCUCGCUGAAGCGACGAAAAGGGUGACCUACGUGAACCCCUACGAAGGCACCGGCCAGGUGCACACCAUGUUCUUGAUUCAGCACGACCUCACUGUUUGGUCCAUGCCCUUCGAUGAGACCUCCACCAACUGGAACAAGGUGCUGCUCACGCAGGGUAUGCGCAUCGUGCAGAUUGGGCCUGAGGACUCCCGUGAAAACCAGAACCUUCAGCGGGGUGUGGCGCUUCAUCCAGUGGAGCUGCUGGAGCGAUGCAUUGGAGAGUAUCGAGGGCAUGUGGACGUGGCGCUGGUCGAAACCCAAGACUUGGUGCCCAUGUUCAAGGAGGAUUGCCAAGAGCUUCAGGAGGCCUGCAAAGCUGAAGGUCUGGGGCCUGAAACGAACGGCUAUUGGCCGCCACAUCGGAUCUUCGACCACAGCUACGAGAAGACGAUCUGCGUCUACCGAUCCUUAAAGCUUCCCCUGUGGCUGGGCAAGGUCUGGAACGUCUUGGAGCAAGGCGAGCGUGGCCUCACCUGUCGCGGUGAACCCAAGAAGCGAAUCCAUUUUGAUCACGUGAAUGACUCCAUUGUGACGGAGAGAGUGGAGACGUGCAAAAAUGCUUGCGCACGAGAGCCCUGGUGUACACACGUCUUCUACAAGGGGGAGGUGCCGGAGGCCUUUCGGACGGACUUCGACUUCUUACCGGACGAGGUGAAGGAGAAGCUCAGGGUCCACAAUUCCUCGCGGUCCUCCAUCUACGAAUGCCUGCUCUAUGAGACUUGCCCAGUCGCCAACUUGAGCAAUUCCCAGGAGGACCACUUCGUCCCAGUACGCUGUGGCGAAGACUGCGGAGAGGACAAUCAGCGCUGCAUGAUGGUGAGGCAGGGCUACCUACGAGCUCAUGCAGAUCGUUUCCUGGGUGGCCGUGACGGGUGUCAGCGGACCUGCUCUGAGGCUGCCCAGGACGUGGCGCAGUGCAACGCCUUUGUCUAUUCGCCGGCAAACCAUGGCACCUGCACCGUCUACGGACCAGAACCCUUCUUGAGGCCCUUUGAGGGAUGGAAGACCUUAGAUGUCAACUACUUAGGUGCCGUGGGGAGCACGACCGACACGGAUUGCUACGCGAGAUCUACAGACCCCUUCCACCUAGGCCUGAUCCGAGAUCGUCAACACGCUGGGGGUCCAGGGAUUUUAUUGAGAUUGACAGAUCAGACCACCUGCGGCGGGUGCCUGGAACGGACCUUGUUCGAAUGGUUACGGGAACCCUCGGCCUUUUGCAUGGUCCUAAGCCAUUUGAUCACUCUCUUCGGGGCCUGCUACGUGGCUCGGAGAGCACAUGCCUCGGUCCAGCUGGGUAAGGCCGCGUUCUCGGGCAAGCCCAUGGUGCAUAUGAGCAUCAUCCAGGAUCCAGCCAAUAACGACAACUUUCAAGUGCGAGAGGCUGCGUAUCGGCAAUUCCUGUCGAUGUGCUGCGAGGUGGCGGAACGCACCCGGAACGGCGAAGAGACGGAACAUCAGCGAGCCCCGGAGGUGGAUUGCUGGGAGAAGAACGGCUCCAAGGUAGCUCCAAUCGAAGCUGGAAACUACGAGAGCUACGACUUGUCGAACAAGCGGCGGACGAAGUGCUAUAUCGAUAAGGAGCUCCUUGGAAUCCAAGAAGGUGAAAAAGUGCGAUCUGCGUGGUCAGAUACUCCGAGGCAUGGCAUCUACAAGAUGUUCUUCGGAUUGCUUUUCUACUACCUCAUUCUGUUCUUGAUCUCAUGGGUGGCACCCGAGAACUUCAAGACCUUUUGGACAGCAGUAGGCUUUAGGCCUCUCUUCCUGAUCGUCAUACCAUGUGCCGUGGUCCUUCAUCACUACAUCGAGCUCCGUCGGGAAGUGCAAUCCCUUUGCGUCCUCACCAGCUGGGGCCGCUUGCUGCACUUGACACGGCGACCGAAUCCCCAAGUCUUCCCGGCGAUACUUUGCCCUGCGUGGUAUGGGGGCACCUCCAUACAACUGGACAGCUUCAAGAUCGGGCGCAUCUCCUGGGCGCAGCUGGACAUGCCGGCGAAGCCUUUGUUGGAGGACCGGCUCCGCUCCGGCUUCUCGGAGGCAUGGCGUCGGGGCUCUGUGACUCUAAGAGGCUUCCGGGGACUCCUUCAGGUGAGCCGCGAACAUGGUGAGGCCCUGGAGAUGUACACGGCCUUCACCAGUCUUUCGGAGUCUCGACCUCCCAUCGCCAAGCUUGGGGCGGUGGGCAGUGGCGGCCACUCCAUUGCAGGCCUGUGCCCCCGCGACGAGGUGCUCAUUUCCUCGGAGCGCCACGUCUGGGAACAUCGCUUCGAUGCCUUUGGCUUCUUCGGAGAUCCGUUUAACUACAGCCGCAUGGCGAUGGGUCUGAGAGGCUAGCGGAGGCGCCAAACUUACACCUUCUGGCGAACGUGUUUUGAGGCGUUCAAUGCAAAAGCACGGAUGGCGCGAGGUAGGUCUCGACCGUCUCAGACAGCGCGACAAAGACAAAGAGUGAUUUUCAG